AUGGCUCAUUCGAUCUUCAACGAAGUGAGAGUGUUUGAGGAUACGGAUAAAGAAACAGACAUAAUUAAAAGUAUCAUUAAAACGGAAUAUCAUUCAAAAGAGGGACCGUUUUGUAUUCUUGAUGUUGCCGAUGUGAUGCGGAAACAUCAGAAUUGGAUCGAGAAGAUGCCAAGAAUUAUUCCACAUUAUGCAAGAAAUACGGACGGUUAUGGAGUUAGGAGUACCUGCGAAUAGAAUUAUCUUCGCAAACCCGGCGAAAUGGACCACUCACAUUAAAUUCGCCAAGAUGAUGAACGUCGAAAAAAUGAUCGUCGACAGUGACACGGAAAUUCUCAAGAUAAACGACAUUUUCCCAGAAGCGAAAAUAGUGAUUCGCAUUUGUUGCGACGCCAAGAAUGCCUUGAUAUCGCUUGGAAUGAAAUUCGGCUGCGAUCCAGACGAAGAAGCGGUCCGAUUGAUGCGUUUAAUAAAAAGCCUUGGUUUGACGUUGUGGGGCUUUAGUUUCCAUGUCGGCAGCCCGUGUGGCGAAUUAGAGGCUUAUGUCAGAGGAAUCAGAAUGUGUAAGAAACUAAUCUCGGCUGCUAAAGAAAUUGAUUGCAAAGAUGUUCAAUUAAUCGAUGUUGGUGGCGGAUUUCCUGGUAACAGAGGAUUCUUUAUCGAUCAGAUUGCAAGCCUUAUCAACAAUGAAAUCCAGGACAUCGACCCGAAUAUCACGAUCAUCAGCGAACCGGGGCAAUAUUACGCAACAUCGGCAUAUAGUCUCGUAUCGCUUGUGCAUACAAAAAGAGUUGUUCGUAAAGCGGAGAGAAAUCAUCAGAGAACGAUGAAAAAUUCGUUUCAUAUAUUUGGGGUCCAACCUGUGAUUCCUUGGAUUGCAUUUUGAAGGACGCAAUGCUGCCAGAAUUUCAGCAGGGUGAUUGGUUGAUCUGGAGGGACAUUGGAUCCUACAGCAUGAGUCUUAACUCUUCGUUCAAUGGUUUCCCGCCACCUAAAAUAUAUCCGAUUGCGAAAAAAAGUCAGUGGUUAGUAUAAACGUUAAUUUGUAAUAAUUUGUAGUAAUACAUGCAAUACAAAUUUUGUAAUUAAACAUUCUUGAAUGUCUGUUUGUUUCUAGGAAAAGCUUUAUUGCUUAUACAAACAGAAUGCAAAAAUCGCAGGAGCUCAUUUCAUUAAAUAA